CUCUUGGAGAGGCUGCUUGGCCUGUCAUUUUGCUGGACCGCGGGGGUGGACGGCGCCUUUGGCCUGGGGCGGCUGCGGAAACAGUAGCUACCUUUUCUCUUGCCAAGGCUUUGCUGCCUAGUUUUUCUGCCUCGCCUCUCCAUGCGCGCCGAGCUUCCCUUGGUGCUGAAUUUAUUUUGCUUGGCGGCGGCUCUUAAGCAGAUACCAGUUGCUUGACUCACAGGCUUUGACACAAAGCCAGAUGGCUGCAAUUGGUAGGCGUGCAGGCUGCCUGGUACUACAGUUGAUGAAACAGAAUAGGAAGACGUUUUAUGAUCAGCUGCUGGAGCCCAGUAAGACUACAGCUUUGCUAGCUCUUGCCCCUGUUCUUUGCCUCUGGUUGUGUUGGUGACGAUAUUACAGUGAUGUCUGCAUUCAACCUACUGCAUUUGGUGACAAAGAACCAGCCAAUGGCCCUGCAAGCCUGUGGGCUUCCCUCAGGGUCACGUAGGGAAAAAAAGGACUAUAAAGUGGUCUUUUCCCAGGAAGAACUGAGAAAGCGGCUGACACCCUUGCAGUACCAUGUUACUCAGGAGAAGGGAACUGAAAGUGCCUUUGAAGGAGAAUACACAUAUCACAAAGCUCAUGGAGUAUACAAAUGUGUUGUUUGUGGAAGUCCUUUAUUCAAAUCUGAAACAAAGUUUGACUCCAAUUCAGGUUGGCCUUCAUUCUAUGAUGUAAUCACCUCUGACACAAUUACAUUUACUGAUGACUACUCAUUUGGGAUGCACAGGGUUGAGACAAGCUGCAGUCAGUGUGGUGCUCAUCUUGGCCAUAUAUUUGAUGAUGGGCCACGUCCAACCGGAAAACGAUACUGCAUAAAUUCAGCUUCAUUAGUUUUUGAGUCUACAGACAAGAACCACACUGGAGAAGGCAAUGCUAGUUCUACACCUGCACAACCAGAUAAGACAGAGCUGUAGUGGGAAUCGGUUGCUCUUUAAGAUUCUUUUCCCAGAUGACACAGAAAAAAUGUUUCUAAAUGGCUUUUUAUCUUACUGUUUUUUAAAACAUACAAAGAUAUUGUGCAGUAUAUGGUUUUUUUUCUGAUCAAAAUAAGACAUAUAUGCCGAUGGAUUUUCUUAUAUAACCAGACUUAACUAUUUGACAACUUCUGUGCUUUGAGGCAAUCCCAUAACAAGGUGUUUUUGGCACUAUGAAUGUUGAUUUCUUGCAUUUUUCUUAUAAUAGGUCUGCAUUAUAUUCCUUCAUAUUUCUGAGCAAAAAAAUACAGUUCUUUUCAGUCAGUACAGAACUGUGGUAGGGAAAACAGCUUUCUAAUAGUACUUAGUAAUUUUGUUUUGAUUUACAAGGCAUAUAUCAUCAACUAACUCUCUGUAAUUAUUGUACCAUUCCAUAAAGGAGACUAGGUAAAUGAUUAUAUUCAGCCUAUCUUUUGUCUUGGAUUUCUGCACAAAUACACUUCUACAUAAAUGGCAACCAUAUAUCCCUGCCUUCAGUUGGAUAAAUACUAUUUUUUUUAAAAAGGUCACACUUAUAUUGGGGCUGCCUAGGAUAGAUAAUAGACCUUCUCCUUUAUAUAGCGGGUGGCUUUCCUUUGGAACAGCUUAAGAGGCCCCAGCAGUUACAGUAUACUUUAAAAAGCUGUGGAUGAAGACUAGUAAUUGUGUAUCAGUUGUUUCCUCAUGCUUGUAAUGAGGAUUUUAAAAACUCUCAUUAUAUUUUCAUCCUCAAAAAGUCAAAGACUCACAGACUAAUGUGCAAAGGUGAGGGGGAUUUUUUUAUUUUUUAUUAUUUUGUUGGAUCUUAUGUAAGCAUAAUCAGUAUAGCCUUGCCAAUUAGUGCUGCACUUCUGAAUUUUGUCCUGGGAAAGUUAAUACCUCAUUAAAAGGUACAGACCUUCAUGCUAUUCUGCUUACAAUGUUUAAGCUGGCAGUAUGUGGAAUAGCUACAAGUCCUAUUUUAAGCAUCAAAAACUGCGUACAUUAUCUUUUUAUUACUACUUGGAAGAUAAUCACUUAGGCUCCACUCUCUCACUCCUUUUCAACUUCUGCAUGAAGAUCCACUGUCCUCAGUAUCAUGUCAACUGCAUAAGAAUAAAGGGACAAUAUUGUUUCAUAAACAUUAGGAAAUGUAACAAAGAGCAGUCAUACCCAGUGGAAGAUAAUGGGCUGUCAUGAAGUAUAAGUGUGCGGUAACUUGGACAUCCAUACUAUUAGAAAGCAUGAAGGGAUUGCCUCAGAGAGGAAAUGCUGAGGGUGAAGUGUGGCCACUUCCAGCUGAUCCUUGUGAUCUCUUUGCUGUUCUUUUCCUUUGGAAAGGUGUUGGGCUUGCCGUGGAACCUGUCCUGGGUCUCCCAAAGUAUGGUUGUGAACCUGACUCUGUCCUCAUUGUUGAUAAAAAAUUAAGAGGUCAAUCCAAUCAAUCUUGGUACUUGGACUGGGAAGGAGACAGCAUUUUGUCUUUCA